UCACCCAGCUAACAAUUAGUUGCCGGAAUCCAUUUUUGUGGCUAAUACGGAAAUACGCGAGUCGCCGUUUUGAAGUGAACCUUAAACGAUCAUGAAAUCAACGGCAGCAGGAGUAGCCCUGCUACUUCUAGUGCUAAGUCACUCAAGUGCCAAGGAGAUCACUCAGACCUGCUGGAAAUGCUCUGGAGCGGAUUGCGAUGAUCCUGUGUCUAGUCUCUGCAGCCAGUACAGUCCCGAUGAUGGUUGCUAUACCUUGUUUAACUAUUAUACCAAUGUUACGGCCAUGGGAUGUCAGUCCGAUCUGGACGAAGAGUUUGUGGAUGAUUAUUUCCACUCCCUUUUAUUCUGCAACGAGAGUAAUUGCAACUCCUUGGAUAACCUGCCAGUUCCGCACAAGUGCCUCUUCUGCGAUUCUUCAGAGGAUCCCAACUGCGCUACAGAUCCUUCAAAGAUCGAGCUAAUAGGAAACUGUGGUGUCUUACCCUACUCCAGCUGUCAGACCCGAAUUAGUAUUGAAGGCUGGACCCAACGUAGUUGUCUAAGCAGCUUAGAACGAGAUGAACUGGAGGAGUGCCUCGCUGGAACUGGAAACUGUACGGUUUGCACUGGCGAUUACUGCAACAGGGAAAUAUAUCCCGCCGAUCGUUAAAAGUCGCCCUUGCAACUAGAAAAUCGCCCAUCAAUUUUGAAAAUCGGUGGCCUAGCGGUCUAAUGCGUUGAAGCCCACGAAGAGUCAACAUUUAUUUUUCUUUUUUGUGAAAUUUUUUAUAACUGAAUUCUUAACAAUUUUGUGUGCAGAGGCAAAAAAAAUUUAGAACACGUCAAAAUAACAAA